AUGGCAGUUUCAAUGAAAGAAAUAUAUGAAAAAACGUCCGAGUACGAAGCAUUCUAUACCGGUGGAGAUAUCCAAUGGACGAGAGAUGGUGCUAACUUUUUGUGUCAAUGUGAUGAUAUUAUAAAGUUUGUUGAUUUAAAUACUCUUUGUAAUACAAUAACAAUCGGAGCUUCUGGAGAAGACAGUGAUGAGAAUGAUGUAAUAUAUACUUUUCAACUAUCACAUGACAAUAAAACGGUAGUAACUGCACACAAAAGUGGCCUAAUUAAACUAUGGGACAGUGCAACAGGAAUAUUACAAAAAUCUUGGAGAUCAGGACACAAAGGUGCGGUAGCAAAGCUGGCAUAUGACAUGGAGGAUAUAAAUAUAGCUUCAGCAAGUUCAGAUGGUAACAUACGACUUUGGGAUCUAGUUCAUUAUACUUGUACCAGUAGUUUAAAAGGUGCUAUGGGUGUGUUUAGUGUGUUAAAGUACCACCCAGAUCCCUCAAAGCAGUUAAUAUUUGGUGCAGCAGAUGACACUAAAAUAAGGUCCUGGGAUGCGAAAACAGGAAAAGAAAGCAAUAUUUACUCAGGUCAUUUCAGUAAAGUAACUUCUAUUCAAUUUACUUUUGAUGGUAAUUAUAUGGUCAGUUCAGGAAGAGACAGAGUGCUUAUAUUAUGGAAAAUAUCUGAGGGAAAAUCUAUUAGAGUGUUACCUGUUUAUGAAUGUAUUGAAACAAUGAUCUUGCUACCACAAACUUUUAAAAUUCCUAAUUUUACAAAGAAAGUUGACACUCAAGGAAUCUAUGUUGCCUGUGCAGGAGAAAAAGGGCUUAUAAAAAUUUGGAACAUUGAAAUGAGUAGGUUGAUGUAUGAACAAAGUAACAGUUUAGUUUCGCCUGCAUCAGAUGAAAGUGGAUUAGCAGUCAUGCAUUUAUUAUUUAAUGAAGCAAGAAAUAUGCUAUCUGUGAUUACUGCUGACCAUAAUAUUAUUAUACAUGAUUUGGAAACAUUUAAUUGCAUGAAACAAAUAACAGGGUUUUCAGAUGAGGUUUUAGAUAUAAUAUUUCUAGGUAAUGAUGAUACACAUAUUGUUGUUGCUACAAAUAGUAGAGACCUCAAAUAUUAUACUUUAGACAAUAUGGAUUGCAAAUUAAUUAAAGGUCACACAGAUAUUGUUUUGGCAUUAGCCAAAUUUCCUACAAACAAAAAAAAUUUCAUUUCUUCUGGUAAAGAUAAUAGUGUAAGAAUUUGGAAAAUAGAUGAAUUAAAUGAAAUCAAAUGUUUUGGAGUUGGUAAAAGACACACUGGUUCAGUUGGGGCUGUUUGCACAUCUCAGAUAACCUGCAGCUUUUUUACAUCUGUCAGUCAAGAUAACUGUCUUAAAGUAUGGGCAGUACCAAUGAAUACUGAUCAAAUUGAACAGACAUUACAGUCUAGUCAUACUGAACUAGCUCACAAUAUGGAUAUCAAUUGUGUGGCUGUUUCACCCAACGAUAAAAUUGUUGGUACUGGCUCUCAAGACAAGACAGCAAAACUGUGGACUGAGGAUUUAACAAUGCUAGGAACAUUAAAGGGCCACAGGAGGGGGGUGUGGUGUGUUAAAUUUUCACCAGUGGAUCAGGUGGUUUUGACAUCGUCUGCUGAUAGUUCUAUAAAAUUGUGGUCCAUUGCAGACUUGAGUUGCUUAAAAACUUUUGAGGGUCAUGAGAGUUCGGUUUUAAAGAUUGAAUUUUUAAGUAAGGGACAGCAGAUCUUGUCCACUGGUGCUGAUGGACUCUUAAAAUUGUGGACCAUAAAAACUUCUGAGUGUAAAAUGUCAUUAGAUAACCAUGAUGGUAAAGUUUGGUCUUUGGCUGUUAGUAAUAAUGAAUCCUUGGUAAUAACAGGAGGAUCGGAUUCAAAAUUAGUUACCUUAAAAGAUGUCUCAGCAGAAAGGAGGGAGAAAAUGCUAAAGGAAAGAGAGGAGUUAAUUUUGCAAGAACAGGAGUUAAUGAAUUUAUUACAUGACAAAAAGCUUGUGAAAGCACUUAAAUUAGCAAUAAGAAUGGAUAGACCAUUGCAUGUAUUGAAAAUAGUUAAUGAAGUUCUAAAGUUUGGUUCAGAUAAAUUGUCCCAGACAUUAAAAGAAAUUAAUAAUACCCAAAAAGAAACAUUGUUAAAAUUUGCAGCGGAAUGGAAUACCAACACAAAAAAUUGCCAUGCUGCACAACUAGUUUUUAACAUUUUAGCUCCAGAAAUAAUAUCUGGGCAGUUACAAGUGCCCUCACUUGCGCGUUUUAUUGAAGGGGCAUUGCCAUAUACUGAAAGACAUUUUGAGAGAUUAACAAAUCUAUUGCAGGAUCUUAAUUUCAUAUCUUACACAGUUAAUUGUAUGCAACCACAUUGCAUUAAGAACUAA